UGCAACAAGUUAGAAUAAGACAAAUAUAUUUUUUCUCAUUCUAACUUAUUGCACCGGUACAGCAGUGCAGCUACCAAGAACAAACCUCAUAUGUAGUAGUCAUUCAUAACCUUAAUCUGUCACUGACUCUUAGAUCCGAGAAAACAUGUACUAGUUAGUCUGUUAUUAAUAUGAGUGAAAGAGGUGGAUAUCGGUGUUCCUUCAAAGGAUGCCAAAGUGCAAGUAGUGAGAAACGAGGGAUAAAAGAAACUUUGUUUCGAUUUCCAAAAGAUAUAGAGAGAUCAAAAUUGUGGGUAUCAGCCUGUGAUCGAAAAGAACUGUUUUCAAAAACGGCCAUACAACUUUAUAAUGGUUAUAGAGUAUGCAAACUUCAUUUUGCCAAUAAUAUGUUUUUAAAUUAUGAGAAAACGAGAUUGCAGCCACAUGCUAUCCCAAAUUAUAUUGUGAGAAAUAAUGAUAAAGAAAGUUCCACUAGUUCAAGUGUAGAAACACACUGUGUAAACUUAAAUAUUGAAAAUACUCAAAAAGGAAAUGCUGAAAAUAUUGAAGUAAAUGCACAAGAAAAAGAUACUAUAUUAGAUAUAACUACAUUUAAUGAAAGGAACCUGGGUGUAGUACAUAUAGACAAAACAAAAGCAAAAAUGUUGGAAUCAGGAACACAAACGCCUUUGUCAUUAUCUUCCACAUCUUUACAAGAAGCACAUCUUUAUCAACAGAUAAGAGAUUAUAAAAGAAAGAUAGUCAAUUUGGAAUUAGAAUUACAUAAAACGAAAAAAACAAAGAUGGAAGAUAUUCAUACAUUAGAUAUAUUAUUGGAUAAAUAUUUUCCAAAACAGACAUCUAAAUUCUUAAAAACCCAAGCACGUCUCUUUGAAAAGGAUUCAAAAGAUAGAAGAUACGAUAAUGCAUCAUUUAGAUAACAUUGUUUAUAUUGCAAUAUUUAUGUCCUUUAUAUUGAGUAAUAUAUUCAACAUAUACUAUUUAUAUAAUUUUUACAUGUUUUUCUAAUAAUAUUGAAGUCAUUUCCUUUAUGUACCUCUAUAUCUACAAAUGAUCUCAAUAAAACUUAUUCUAACAAUAAAAACUUACAUAAGAAAGUAA